CUGGUCACUGCCGUACUUGACUAGAUUUCGGUAAAAAAUUUAGAAAAGCGCCAUCUGCAAUCCUCUUCCUAAAGUAUUUAAUAUCUUCAAGUGAUAAUAGAUGGCUCUUUAAUCAAAAAUUAACUUCCAUAAAAUAUCACUAAAAUUAUUGAAAUCUAAAAAUUAUUUUAUAUAUUAGUAUUACGUAGGAAAUCUAUCAAUUAUUUUUAUUAAAUCUGUACACUAUUUUAUAUACAUAAAUUAUUUUUCUAUAAUUAUUUUUUUGGUUGGCAAUAAACCGUGCCAACUGCCAAUGCUGAAGUUAGAAUUUGAAUUUUAAUGGCGAGUACAGUACAUACAAUUUGUGUGUUAAGUUUUCGUCCAUUUAAGUGUUUUCUGCUGUUGACUUGCGUUGAUUUGAGUUUUACUCAUCCGCUGUGUUUUCGGUGAAUUAGUGAGUGAGUUGAGCUGUGCUCCUCUGUUUCAUUGUUUCACAUAACUUGCGAAAAGACGCCAUUAGUGUUUAGUAUUAUUUGCGAUAAAGACGCCUUUUGUGAUAUUUGUGAAAUAGACACUGUUAUUGUGUUAUUAGCGAUUAGAGACGCUUGUUUGAGUGCAUAUAAUCAUGCCGAGGCGGUGCGAAUUGGGAUGUUCACACAACCCGGGUGUGACACAACAUCAAUUUCCACACCCAGAAAAGAAUCCUGAGUUAUUCAAAGCCUGGGUUAAUAUAGUUGGUGGAAAACUGGAGACUGCAGAUGAUAUCAAAUUUUACAGAAAGCGAGUCAUCUGUGACAUACAUUUUGCAGACAAGUUUAAGAAUCGCAACAACCGUUUAAAUAACAUAGCUGUUCCUACUCUCCAUCUUCAGGGUGCUCCAUCACAAGAUGCUCAUAUGCCUCCUGCAACUCCACAUAUACCAACUGAACUUCCUAUGCCUGAACAUAAUAUAUGGAAUCUGCCUUCUACAUCAAAGCAAAUAGUCACUGGUGCUCCAUCACAAGAUGCUCAUAUGCCUCCUGCAACUCCACAUAUACCAACUGAACUUCCUAUGCCUGAACAUAAUAUAUGGGAUCUGCCUUCUACAUCAAAGCAAAUAAUCACUGCUGCACCUCCCAAUGCGUGUGUUAUAGCAGCAGAACAUAAUUAUUGCAGUAAACAUGGUAUACAACAAAGACGGAAACUUAAAGGAGACAAAAAAAAACUGAAAUCAACUUCAUCGCUGGAGAAUGAAUUAAAGAUUUCAAGAUUCCAAAUGAAGAAUUUAAAAACCGAAAUUAUUCGGUUACGUAAACGGAGUAGUAGUUUGAAAGAAAGAUUAGCCAGCGUUGAUAAAAUUAGCAAUACAAAUUGUUUAAAAAAAAUAACGAGAAAUAUGACAACUGCAGCAAAAAUAUUCACAAACAUGCAGUACACCCAAACUCACAAGAGAGCUCGUGGGCGGAGGUUUACUUUAAAGGAAAAAGUUUUGUCUCUCCAUGUACAAAAAGAGUCCCAAGAGUUAUACUCUUUUAUAUAAAUACUUUACAUUGCCCUCUAUAAAAUCAUUAAAAAGGCUUCUUGCGAAAAUUGAAAUAGAGUCGG